AUGGGAUCUAAAAAGAAAUCUGAGUCUGAUAAUAUUUUUUCAGUUGAAGGAAUGAAAAUUCCUUCGAUUGAAUUACCUGAUGAACUAUUUGAGAAAAGCUUAGAUCCAUGGCGUUUUUCUUUAAUUGGUAGAUUAAAUUUACAGAAUAUUAAAUUCGUUGAUGCUGCAAUAAUUCUUAGAAAUCAAUGGAAAUUAAUUGGUGAAUGUAAGCUAAUCCCAUUGGGUAGAGGUUUCUUUACCAUCAAAUUGGAUAAUGGUACAGAUCGUAACUACAUCAAGUCUCAGGUAUGGGAAGUUAUGGAUCAAAUUUUGAAGAUUAGAAAUUGGAUGUAUAAUUUUCGACCUACUAGUCAAAGAACAUCUAAAGCUUUUGUUUGGGUGAGAUUUCCAGGUUUAGGUCUGGGAUUCUGGAGUGAAUCAAUUCUGUUCAAAAUUUGUAAAGAAAUAGGAACUCCAAUUAAAAUUGAUGAGGCAACAACUAAAUGUGAUGUUGGAUAUUAUGCAAAUGUCUUGGUUGAGGUAGAUUUUGCUUCCUCAGUUCCAAACAAAGUAUGGAUUGGUACUAAAUAUGGGGUUUUUUUUCAAGAGGUUUCCAUUCCAGAUUGUCCAAAAUACUGCAGCAGCUGCAAAAUGGUAGGUCAUUUUAUCAUAGAAUGUAGAGUUGAAAAAGCAAAAAGCAAUGAAACUAAUUCAGAAAACAUAAUUACUCCACAACAGCCUAAGAGUUCCUCAGAAAUUCUUCAGCAGACUAAUUCAAGUUCAACAAACAUUUUGAAUGCCUUAUCUUCAGUAAGUGUCACUAGAUCAUUACCCUUUCAUAUUUGUGAUACAACAACAAAUGACAAUGAAGACUCUGUUAUUCAUACAAUUCAUGAUACUCCAACAGUUCCAGUUCAUUAA